AUGUUCAGAGGAUGCAAAUUACCAGGGUUUUUUAGGCAGAAAGAAUGCUUUACUGUUGAAGUGGGUUUGAAAAUUACCAACAUUGGUGCAUUCAUAAUACCAGGUUCAGAGUAUGCAAAUUACCAGGGCCAAAUUGCAGGUGCUCGGGCAAUCAGCGCAAACAACAGCUUGCCCAGUGGUGGAACAAGUGCACAUAGUGCUGGAACAAAUGCAAGCACAGGAGCUGGGAGCCUUGGAGAGCAGACAAUAAGCGAACCAGCAACUCCAGAAUCUGCUGGGAUCAAUGCUGAUAUGGAAGGCAGCAACAUGGAGGCAUAUUCCACACCUAAGACACCUUUACAAGGGACAAAAUUUGACACCCUGGAGAGCGCACGUGACCACUACAGCACCUACGCGCGCAGGACUGGCUUUGCAAUUAGGCAGCAAUUCAAGAAAGAGAGGGUUGAUGGAACUAUAAGCAGGGACAGGGAUGAGCUGCAAGAUGUGGAAAACCCAGCCGGCAUUGUCAAGAAGAGGAAAAAAAAGAAAGUUGUUAGGAUUGAAUGUGAAGCGCACAUGUACCUAUCCCACGAUGAUGCAUGGUGGACUGUUGACCGUUUCGAGGACACCCACAAUCACCCCCUGAUCAAAAAGCCGUCCCUAACAAAAUUCUUAUCAUCACAUCGGUACAUUCCGAAGGAGGAGGAGCACUUCUUGAGGGUUCUGCACGGAUGCAACGUUGAGACUGUGAGGCAGAUGCAGCUGAUGUCAUGGUUCUACGGGAGCGCUAAAGACGUACCCUACACGACACAAGACAUUGAUAAUCAACGAGCUAAGUUCCGCUUAGAGCACCGCCACAAGGACGUUGGGAGCACAAUUGCAUACUUCCAAGAGAUGAGGGCCAAAGAUUCAUAUUUCUACUGGAGAAUCAAACUUGAUGAUGAGGACUGGGUUGAGAACUUGUUCUGGAUAGAUGGCGCAUCACGCAGGGCAUAUGCAAAGUAUAAUGAUUGUUUGUCGUUUGACACGACAUACAUGACAAACAUGUACAAGAUGCCGUGUGCACCAUUCAUUGGAAUUAAUAACCAUGGUCAAUCCAUCCAGUUUGGGUGUGGCUUCGUUCGAAACGAACUAAAGGAAAACUUUGUGUGGUUGUUUAACACAUUCCUCCAUGCAAUGGGUGGUGUUGCCCCUAAAAACAUCAUCACAGACCAGGACUUUGCAAUGAGGAGUGCGAUCGACGAGGUCUUCUUGAACAUAAUACACAGAAAUUGCCGCUGGCAUAUAAUGAAGAAGGCGCAGGAGAAACUUGGAAAACUUAUGGCUGAUGAUAAACCACUAAACAAAGCGUUCAAAGACUGUCGACAACAGCUUGACUGCAAACUUGAGAACCCAUAUGAAUAUAUGUGA